AUGACCCCAUAUACUGACCCCCACUUACCUCUUCCUCCGAUCCCAUCCACUGACUUCAUCUACCUGCCCCAUCUACCAACACCAUCUACCGACCCCAAAUACCGACCCCAUCUACCGACCCCAAAUACCGACCCCAUCUACCGACCCCAUCUACCGACCCCAUCUACCGGCCCCAAAUACCGGCCCCUUCUACCGACCCCAAAUACCGGCCCCAUCUACCGACCCCAUCUACCGACCCCAAAUACCAGCCCCUUCUACCGACCCCAAAUACCGACCCCAAAUACCGACCCCAUCUACCGACCCCAUCUACCGACCCCAAAUACCGACCCCAUCUACCGACCCCAUCUACCGACCCCAAAUACCGACCCCAUCUACCGACCCCAUCUACCGACCCCAUCUACCGACCCCAAAUACCGACCCCAUCUACCGACCCCAUCUACCGACCCCAAAUACCGGCCCCAAAUACUGACCCCAUCUACCGACCCCAUCUACCGACUCCAAAUACCGCCCCUUCUACCGACCCCAAAUACCGACCCCAUCUACCGACCCCAAAUACCGGCCCCUUCUACCGACCCCAUCUACCUACCCCAAAUACCGGCCCCUUCUACCGACCCCAAAUACCGACCCCAUCUACUGACCCCAUCUACCGACCCCAAAUACCGGCCCCAAAUACUGACCCCAUCUACCGAACCCAUGCACCGACCCCAUCUACCGGCCCCAAUUACCGACCCCAUCUACUGA